AUGGGCAAAGGAGAUCCUAAGAAGCCAAGAGGCAAAAUGUUAUCAUAUGCAUUUCCUGUGCAAACUUGUGAGAAGGAGCAUAAGAAGCUUCACGAGACUCCGUCUCAAAAAAAAAAAAAAAAAAAAAUUAAAAAAAAGUGCUCAGCGAGGUGGAAGACCAUGUCUGCUAAAGAGAAAGGAAAAUUUGAAGAUACAGCAAAGGCAAACAAGGCCCGUUAUGAAAGAGAAAUGAAAAUCUAUAUCCCCCCUAAAAGGGAGACAAAAAAGAAGUUCAAGUCCAAUGCACCCAAGAGGCCUCCUGCAGCCUGUUUCGUGUUCUGCUCUGAGUGUCGCCCCCAAAUCAAAGAACAUCUUGGCCUGUCCAUUGGUGAUGUUGCAAAGAAACUGGGAGACAUGUGGAAUAGCACUGCUGCAGAUGACAAGCAGCCUUAUGAAAAGAAGACUGCGAGGCUGAAGGAAAAAUACAAAAAGGAUCUUGCUGCAUAUGAACUAAAAGGAAAGCCUGAUGCAGCAAAAAAGGGAGUCACCAAGGCUGAAAAGAGCAAGAGGAAGAAGGAAGGGGAGGAAGAUGAAGAGGAUCAGGAGGAGGAGGAAGAUGAAGGUGAAGAAGAUGAUGAUGAAUAA